CCAGAAGUUACUACUUACCAACUAUUGUGGGGGUAAACACAUAAAUCCCCACAGUUCCUGUAAAGUUGAUUUUUCGCCGCUUGCUUGUUGUUUCCACUUGUUUUCGGAGCUUCGGAUUUUUAAAUAACUCACAAAAAUGAGUAUCCUCUCCUACAAUGGAAGUGCUAUGCUAGCAAUGAGGGGAAAAAAUUGCGUGGCAAUAGCGGCUGAUCGACGUUUUGGAAUUCAAUUAAAGACAGUGUCGACGGAUAUGCAGAAAAUUUACGAGAUGGGUCCACAUUUAUUUCUCGGACUUCCGGGCCUAGUGACCGACAGUCAAACAGUGAUGGAGAGACUGCGAUUUAGAUUAAAUUUGUAUGAACUCAAAGAAAAUCGACGAAUUCAUCCUAAAACUUUUAGUUCAAUGGUAUCGAAUCUUCUCUACGAGAGGCGCUUUGGACCAUAUUUUAUUGAGCCAAUUAUCGCUGGUCUUGAUCCAGUUACAUUUGAGCCUUAUAUUUGUAAUAUGGAUCUAAUUGGCUGCAUCAAUGAGCCAGCUGAUUUUGUCGUUGGCGGUGGAUGCACCGAGCAAUUGUACGGAAUGUGCGAAGCUCUCUAUGAACCAAAUUUGGAGGCUGACGAUCUUUUUGAAACUAUCAGUCAGGCUUUGGUGAACGCCUGUGAUCGUGACGCUCUUUCUGGUUGGGGUGCCGUCGUACACAUCAUAGAAAAGGACAAAGUUACGACUAGGAUGGUGAAAACUCGUAUGGAUUAAGGAUUCCUUUUUUUUAAAUUCCGAUUAUUUACUACUUCUUAUAUUUUGAAAAAUAAAAUUUAAUGCCGA